GUAGUAUCGCUCAGGCAGUCAGAGAGUUGAACGCGCGCCAUGCUGCCACUGAUGCUGCUGCUGGUGUCGGGGGCCGGGGUCGCCGCCUCCCGCCUCCCCAUGCUCCUCCAGCCCCCGGCCGACGACCACCACACCAACGCUCGCGUCUUCUUCCAAGUCGGGAGCAAAGAGGAGGAUCUGCCGGAAUGCGGUCCGUGGGCUGUCUGCAGUAAAGUUGACCUCUACGACUCUCCUUGGGUGGAGAAGCAGUGCAGGUGUCCGUCGUCGUCAUGCUCUUCGUCACUGGACGCUUCGGACGGACACACUGUUACUGACAAAACGCGACUUUUCAAGUUAUGCGAGCCAACGAAAAAAUUGCCCAAGUGCCGCUUCUUCCGCGACUACACGUGGACGUUGCGAACGUCGCCAGACAACAUAACCGAGCAGGUGAUGCACUGCCACUGUCCCAAGUCUUCUGUGGCCUAUUUGGUCAAGAGGCAAACGUACCAGACGCCACAAGGCCUAGGAUAUCAAUACUCUUUCGCCUGCUCGCCUCAGAGUAGGUUACGCUGCCAACGCAAGGAGCCCUGUCGACUUUUCACGGUUCGAAAGCGGCCGGAGGUGGACGAGGUGAACCUGAACUCACUGUGCCAGUGCCCACACGGCCACCACUGCCCCAGGCACCACCGAGAGGCGGGCGUCAUUGCUGGCAAGAGCUACACAGAGGAGGCCAUCCGCACCUACAGUGGCUACUGCGUGCCCUCGUGACCCCAGGCAUCCCCAGGGCGAACCUGAUGGUGACCCUGAGGGUGAGCCUGCCGCCACAGCGUACCUGACCUAGUACAAACGGGGCCCCCAUGUGAUUGCCAUAGCCUCAGGUGUAAAAUCUACUAUACCUUCCGGGGGUGGGCGUUAGUGAAUUUCCUUCCGUCUUCCGAAUGAGUUUUUUUUUUAAAUAUUAAUUAACGAAUUCGAUCAUUUUUGCAUUUUUGUAGGUUAAUAUAUAUUCCAUUGUAGAAAGAAAUCGUGUAAAUUUAUUUGUCUACUUAUCUUUGUUUUGUUAAAUUUUAAAUUAUGUGUCCACCCCUGAACAAACUGUGUAUGUACAUAUUGCCUGUUCGAGUUUGUGUACAUAGACUGUAGCUGAAAAUGUAUUUUGCUAAGACUCAUGUGCUAUACUUGAUAAUUUUUACUAAAUUGACAUUUGUACAAAAAUUAA